UCUAAAGUACUUCGACUUUCUUUGGCUUUGAUCUCCACGGUGGGAGCGGGUUCCGGACAUGUCGACAAUAGCGCUACCUGCUCUCCUUGUGUUAUUAGGUCUGCUCUGUCGGAGAUCCGCAGAAAGUUUUCAAAUAUCCAGAUGUCAUUAUUAUAAGUCAAGGAUGGUACUAGGACGCACAAUGUGUCGGAGUUUGCUACUAGCUUUUACAUCCUGGUGGUUCUGGUCUGAUCAUAUCACUUAUCAGAAUUGGCUCGCCAGUCAAAAGCAAUGGCGUGAAUGGUAUGCCGUCAUGUACAACAUCUUUUGACACAAAUAUCAGAGUUC